UGAAUGUUAUUUUGCUCAAUGCAAAUUUGUAAGAGACGUUCAUAAUCGGGAUUAAGUUUGUCAUUGGUUUGGUUGAUACUCAAUAGUCAACACAAAGUAGCUCUUGAUCGUUUAAUCGUUAAACAAACUGAAUCCAAAAUACUUCAAUUCCAGAUCAAAAUUAGUCUCCUCUAAGGUAAAAAUCUCCAUUAAUAUAGGAAUCGAGAGAAAAAAAUGGUGAAUCGACCACGAUUGGAUGCUAUUUUGUCGUCAAUGGUCAAUGUUAAACCUCACGAAACCUCAGUUCUUCUUCAUUCUUCUGCUUCAUUCUUUUUUAUUUUAAGCGCAUAUUUUGUGGUACUACCAUUGCGAGAUGAAGGAGCGAUUUCAUUAGGGUUAUCAAACCUUCCUGAACUUUUUAUUGGAUCACUGAUUCUUACAUUGAUUGCUGCUCCUCUUUCUACUUUGCUUUUUUCAUUGCCUAAUUUAUCCAAAGGCAGGGCUCUGGUGUUCAUACAUAGAUUUUUUAGCUUGUCACUUGUUGUGUUUUUCUUUCUAUGGUAUACUUCGACAAAUGGAUCUACUGCCUCCAAUGCGAAGGUUUCAAGUGCAAACUCUUUAGCCCUAGGACACGAUCAAAAUCUUGAUGGUGAUCAUGCCAAUGUCAUGCAGUCGGGUUGGGAUAACCACUCAUGGUAUUACAUCUGCGUGAGAAUGGGCUUGUACCUUUGGAUUGCUUUAUUGAAUUUGAUUACCAUCUCUUCCACAUGGGCAAGAGUAAUCGAUGUUAUGGAUAGCGAGUCAGGUUCAAGACUCUUUGGGUUUAUUGGUGCCGGUGCUACACUUGGUCAGCUGUUUGGGUCAUUGUUUGCAACAGGAAUGGCUAGGCUGGGAUCUUUUUUACUUCUUAUAGCAGCCUUUCUAAUGGAAUUAGCUGCACAGUCUUCUAAAGGAAUCAGUCAAGACAUACCCCAUCUUUCCGAGGAAGGAAUUCCUAUGAUUAAACUGGAUGAUCAACAAAAUGGAGGAGAUAUGAACAUGAGAUCAACUCCUGUUGAAUCUUCUCCAAAGUUUACUUCUUCGACAAAACCUCAACUUUGGGUCAUGUUUGAUGGCCUUACCCUUAUACUGUCCUCAUCCUAUCUGAUCUAUGUAUCACUAUUUCUGUGGCUCAGUGCUGUUGUCUCCUCAUUUUUUUACUUUCAGAAAGUUUCUGUUAUUGCCAUGACAACGUCAAGUGCUGCUGGUCGAAGAAAAUUAUUUGGAGAGAUCAACAGUAUAAUUGCCCUAUUUAUAUUUUCAGGACAAAUCACCGUAACGGGGCGCAUACUUACUGUUGCUGGUGUGACUCUUGCUAUAUGCUGUGCUCCAGUAGUUGGUUUAUUCAAUUUGGUCGCUGUAUCUGUUUGGCCAACUUGGGUUGUGAUUGCUGUUUGUGAAACAUUGAGGAAGGUAGUUAUGUAUGUUGUGACUAGGCCAGGAAGGGAACUACUUUUUACUGUUGUUUCGCUGGAGGAGAAAUACAAAGCCAAGGUGUGCAUAGACGUAAUUGUUCAAAGACUUGGAGAUGCUACCGCUGCAGGGAUGUUCAAGCUGCUUUUUGGAACAUUGAAGGGAAGGACAUCCGCCGUAUCACUUUAUGCUCUUCCUGCGUGCAUGUUGUGGAUACUUACAGCGUUACACUUGGGUCAUCGACGAGAACAACUUAUAAAGCUACAAUCUCAUGCUACAACAUCAGAUACUUCUCUGUGAUCAUUCAUAACAUAUGCUCAUCUUCUAUAGGCGCAUAGAUUGUAGUUGUUUAAAAAUUUAAAUGUAUACUGCAAUCAUAGAAAUUUUGUAUUGAAACUCUUGUAUUACAUUUCUCUUUUAGGUACAAUCCAAAAAUCAAACAAAUUUCUAUCCGAAAAAUAGAUUUGCUACAUCGGGUAGUUU